AUGUCGUGUCGCCUCGAGCCAGGCUUGUCUUCUCUUGCUCUUCUUAUUUUCACAAUAUUAUUGAUGAGUUCAAAUGUUAAUUGUCAAAUAAACGGGACGAUUGAGUUGUCGUCUAUAAUCCUGGGCCAUUUGCAGCACACUCUCGACAGUCUCACCGGCUUCGCGCGCAUCGCCGAGAUGCUGGGCACUGCCGGUGUGAGCGAAAUGACAGGG